UAGUACCCAAACAGCACCACCAACUUUUCUUCUAACUAAUGAUAGUUUGCCAUUGCAGUUUGGAUUUCGGUGUCGAAGAAAAUUCAUAAAGAGCGGUAGUUUGCAUUCAGAAAUCGUUGGAAGCCUAACGCCUGCCACUGCUACAAGUCGAUCGAGAUGAAAUUUUUCAUCAUAGUUUUGUUUCUUUCCUUUGUUGCUGCAGCUGCAUAUGAUCCUUUGGAUCCAAAUGGAAAUGUAACAAUCAAAUGGGAUAUUGUGUCUUGGACGGCUGAUGGCUAUGUUGCAGUGGUAACAAUGAACAAUUUCCAAAUGUAUCGGCACAUAAUGAGUCCUGGUUGGACUUUGGGGUGGACAUGGGCUAAAAAGGAAGUAAUAUGGUCAAUGGUAGGGGCUCAAACUACUGAGCAAGGUGAUUGCUCGAAGUUCAAAGGAAAUAUACCUCACUGCUGUAAGAAAACGCCCACGGUUGUCGACUUGCUCCCCGGUGUUCCCUACAAUCAGCAAUUCACCAAUUGCUGCAAAGGUGGAGUGCUUGCAGCAUGGGGUCGAGAUCCUCAAGCUGCCGUCUCGGCUUUCCAAGUGAGUGUAGGAUUAGCCGGUACUUCGAACAAGACUGUCAAACUUCCGAAGAACUUCACUUUACUUGGUCCAGGACCCGGUUACACCUGCGGUCCUGCAAAGGUCGUGCCUUCGACGACUUUUCUCACCGCGGAUCGCCGCCGAAAAUCUCAGGCCCUCAUGACAUGGAAUGUGACCUGCACUUACUCGCAGUUUCUAGCUCGGAAAAACCCGAAUUGUUGCGUUUCUUUCUCGUCUUUUUACAAUGAAACCAUCACUCCUUGCCCAUCUUGUGCUUGUGGAUGCCAGAACAAGAACAAUUGUGUCAAGAGUGAUUCAAAGAUUCUUAAAAUGGUAGGAUUGAACACAAGGAAAGACAAUGCUCCACUGCUUCAAUGCACGCACCACAUGUGCCCGGUUCGGGUACACUGGCAUGUCAAGCUCAACUACAAGGACUACUGGCGAGUUAAGGUCUCGGUCACCAAUUUCAACUACAGGAUGAAUUACACACUUUGGAGCCUCGUUGUCCAGCACCCUAAUCUUAAGAAUGUCACACAAGUUUUCAGUUUCGAUUACAAGCCUCUGGUUCCCUACGAAUCAAUAAAUGACACAGGGAUGUUCUAUGGCAUGAAGUACUACAAUGACCUAUUGAUGGAAGCAGGGCCAUUUGGAAAUGUACAAUCAGAGGUGCUUCUUAGGAAGGACAAGGAUACCUUCACUUUCAAGCAGGGUUGGGCAUUUCCCAGGAAAGUCUAUUUCAAUGGUGAUGAAUGCAUGCUACCUCCACCUGAUACAUACCCGUUUCUACCAAACUCUGCACAUCAACACCUUUUCUUCACCAACUUGACAUUCAUUGCUGCAAUUCUUUCCUUAUUUGUGACUUUUUAACAAAUUCUUGAAUGAUGGUAUCCGAGUUUGUCAGCGAAGCUAUAUGCAUCCCCUUCGUGAAAAAAUUCUAGCAAGGGGACGUUUUCGAAGUUUUUCGAUGAGUCGGAAAAGACAUUUUGUAA